AUGCAUCGCUUUUUUGCAGAGCUGGAGCUAUCUCUAUCCGUCACUGAGCAAAACCUGGCAGACCGAGUUAGGUACAUCCUGCGCUCCAACAUAUUUGGUGACGCCGAACUCGAGCGACUACGACGUGAGGCUAUUCCUUCAUCGAAUGGAAAUGCUACGGCUGGGAAUGCGGCGCCACUAAAUGCGCAACAAACUGCAUAUGUGAAUGCUGCCGUCAACAUUCCAUUUGUUGCUAAUUCAGACGAUGAUGGAAUAGUCUCCCACGAACUAGAGAAAAUGAGGAGCAUAUUGGAAGAGUCGAUGCUGGAAACGCGCAGCAUGCCUCACGAAAAUCGACCGCGACUUCCCCGCAUACCCCUUAGCAGCGAAAUCGGGCUGUCGUGCGGGCUCUUAACCCAAUGCUGGUGA